GCCGCGUAUGGCCUGGUAGAAGCUCCGAUCCAGUGGUUUCUGUCCGUAUCAAGGUUUAAAUGGGGUCAGUGGGAACAGGACCGCUUUGUGCAGUGUGGAGUUCUGGUGGAGCAGACGGCAACAGGGUUCAUGCUGAGUCAACCAGAUUAUCUGAAUGCUGUGAACGAGAUUCAUGUGACACGUGCUAGGUGGAACGACCCUAGUGCCCCAAUCACCCCGCAGGAGCUGUUCCAACUGAGGAGCGUUCUGGGAGCUCUUUCCUGGCAUGCCAAUCAGGUUGCACCGAUCUGGAGUGCGCCAGUGGGUAUGCUCCUCUCUCGCAUACACCAAGGAACGGUUCAAGAAAUCAUUGAGACUAACAAGCUUCUUCAGAAGGCGAAGCUGAGUCAGCACCAGAAGCUGUACAUCCACAAGCAGGAGGUGAUUAGACCUUUGCUGGCCGCAUGGGCAGAUGCUGCAGAUGCGAGUCGUCCUGAUGGGAGCUCCACCAAGGGAGUGUUCAUAGGCUGGACCACCGAGAGUCUCGAGAAGGGGGACUUGAGUCGGAUCUCGCCUAUCUUUUGGCAGUCAGCCAAAAUCCAGCGAGUAUGUCGAAGUAGCGGGGCUGCUGAGACACGAGCUGCCGUGGACACAGAGGACGAGCUGUUUGCUAUUCGAUUUCAAGCGUAUGAGUUUCUUGGGGGUCGUGUGUCGUUAUGGGAUGUCGAUGGUGCGGUGAUGAAUGUUCCGGGGGUGCUGAUUAGCGACAGUAAGAACUUGUAUGAUAAGCUGGGGCAGACUGUCAUGACUUUGAAGGGAGCUGAGAAGAGAGCUGACAUUGAAGCUUUGUGUUUGAAAGAAAGCAUGAGUUCCACUGGGUUAGCUAUGAGAUGGGUCAAUGGGGAUAGUCAACUGGCAAAUGCCCUCACCAAGCCUCACGAACUCCAUCAAUUGAUGGAAUUUAAUCGUAGAGAGGGUCAAUGGCGAAUUGUGUAUGAUCCUGAGCUUCUUAGCGGUCGUCGACGUAAGCAGAUGGGUUUGACUUCUCUUCAGACGGCCACAGCAGGAUGA